AUGUCUGCUCCAGUCAAUGUCUAUGUUUAUGACCUCAGCAAGGGUCUCGCCGGCCAGCUCUCCUUGCAGCUCACCGGUAAGCAAAUAGAUGGCGUCUGGCAUACAUCAGUAGUAGUCUUCGGGAAGGAAAUCUUCUAUGGACAAGGCAUUUGUGAAACUGAGCCGGGUCGAUCCCAUCACGGGUCACCCCUAAGGAUAAUUGAUAUGGGCAAAACAUCUAUAGACGAGCAGACGUUUGUCGAUUAUCUCAGCCAGAUAAAGGAUCAUUACACUGCAGACAAAUACCAUCUGUUAGACUUCAACUGCAACUCAUUUACUAACGAUUGCCUCGGCUUUUUGACUGGAGGCUCGCUUCCAUCAUAUAUCAAGGAUCUAUCAUCCGAUUUUCUUUCGACACCAUUUGGUACUGCCUUACGACCAACUAUCGAUGCCAUGUUUAGAGGCAGGGCUUCUACCGGCGUCCUAACCCCUCCCCCAGAUAUCCCAACCACAACUAAUUCACCCAAUCCGGCAUUGACCUCGUCUCUGCUGCAGGCUGUAGCGGCUGGCGCAACAUCCAACAGCUCUGGAGCGCCGUCCUCGUCCAGGAACUACCUUCCGACACCUGCACCAACAUCGCCUUCUACACCGAUCCAGAGCAAUAGCCUUACUACGCCUGUGCACAUUGCUACAAAUCCAUCGUCUUUCCGUAAUGUGCUUCAUACACACCGGGCUGUGGUUGCUUUCUUCACGAGUGCAACAUGUGCGCCUUGCAGGAUGAUCGAGCCUGUGUUCGAAGACCUUGCAAGAAGCAAAAGCCGAGCCAAUGAUAUCGCGUUUGUUAAGAUAGAUCUGAGCGUCGGAAUGAGCAAUGCGGUCGGUGGCGAGUAUGGUGUGAGAGUGACACCAACGUUUAUCCUAUUCUUGGACAAGAAUAAGACACAUGAAAUGAAGGGUGUCAAUGCACCCGAAUUGCGCACACAAGUCGACUUACUCCUUUAUCAGGCAUUCCCUCCACACCCACACACUAGGUUGUCCCUUCCCGCGAUUGAAGCCACACCCCUUAAUGCCAUCCUGUCCUCUCAAGUCCCGAAUCUCGAUAUUGUGCUUGCAAAAGUGACGGAGUUCAUAGAUGCCGCUCCUUCAUGGUCUGGCUCCACUACGAAAGAAGCCACGAAGCAAAUUCUCGCGAAGAAUAUAAUUCCGUACCUCAAAGCACGAGGGUCUUCAUCACCCCCUAACAUUUCUUUCGAGCCUUGGAAAGACGCGACGACAAGCCUUGCGACGAAUCUUUCUGCAGGUGAAUUAUUCCCUGUGGCAGAUAUGUGGCGCGUUGCACUGCUCGAACCAGCCGUGUGCGGUUGGAGUGCAACGAAGCUCGGUUCUGAAAGCCCAAUCAUCCUCUUGUUAUCCAAGGCCGAAGGCGCGCCAAGGAGUUAUACCCUCACGCUCUUAAAGAUGAUUUCAAAUGCGUUUGCGAACAAGGUCGUAGCACGAGAGCUUCUUCUUUCAUCUCGAAGUAGCAUUACAGCGCUAAUAGUGGCUGCGUUGAUGCGCGACGAUGCAGCUGUACGGUUGGCAGCAGCCAGCCUAGCAUUUAACAUGACCGCACACCUUCAGAGACUGAGGGUAGAGAAGGUGCGGGGGAAUGUUGAAGAGGACGAUGUGGGUGAGAAUGAAGACUGGGAUGUUGAAAUGACGAGCGCGCUUCUAGAAGUUAUAGAACGGGAGAAGGCGAACGAGGAAAUUGUUCACCGUCUGACAGCGUCACUGGCAUUGUUGAUCCGACUAUCUCCGUCCAUUGAACAGCUCACUUCCUUGUUAGAGGUUCUGCAAGCCCAGAAAAUACUCGAGGAUAAGUUGGAGAGAGGCGGAUGUGGGGACACGGGAGUAGUGAAGAAGGAGGCCCGCAAGCUAAUUGAGGAGGUUGCUAAGAAGCUUUGUCCUUGA